ACCUGACAACACACACACACACACACACACACACACACACCGCUGCUCGGCUCCACCUCACUCAGCGGGUGUAGGAGGAAGAACCAGCCCAGCAUUUUCAGAGUUAUCUCCUGCAGGAUACUCCACUCACGGAUCCUAUGGGAAUUCUGAUAACCGCGAUUUUUCUCUGGGCUGCUGUCGGAGUGGGAAGCCGACCAGUUAACUCACCACUUAAGGAUGCAAAGGUUGAAUGUAUAAUCCAGGAGACUCUGAAUGAAGACGGGUUGCACCAUGAGUGCAGGUCCCAGUUUACAGAGGAACUGAAUGAGGUGCAGAGACAUCAGGGUCUUCUCAGGGAGCUGCAGAAGCUGGCUGAUGAUGAGAGGGAGAAAGAGGAGAGGGAUGAAAGGAAGAGAGAUGAGUACAAUCUGGCUGAUGAUGAGAGCGAGUUUGAGCAGAGGGACGAGGAGGAGGAUGAGAGGGACGAGAGAAAUGAUGGAGAAAAAACAGAGGGUGAUGACACAGAGAGGAAGAUGACAGAGGAUCCACAGGCUGAUGGUGAUGAAAAGGAGAAAGCCAAAAAGCUUGAGGGGCUGCUUUCCGAAGAGAUCAUCAAGAAAAGUGAAGAAGAGAAGAAUGACGAAGAGCUCCAAGAGCUGCUGAAGGAGCUGAAAACGAAGCAAUACAAGGCUGAGAAGGAGAACCAGGACAGUUAUGAAACAGAGCCAAGAAAGGUGGUGGUGGAGAAGAUAAAGCAGAGCAAAGAGAAAGAGGACACAAAAGCAGAGGACUUAGAUAAGCAGAGGAUGGAAGAGAGGAAAAAGAAUGAAGUGGAGCUGAUGGUGGAGAGAGAGAAGGUGGAGAAGGAGCUGAAGGAGCUACUCAGGGAACAGAACAACGGGAGUAAGCCAGAGCAUAAAAGGGAGAGGAAGGAGAAGCAGGAGGAGCUGGAGGAACUCGUCCGAAAGAUGAAACGGGUGCAGGAGGAGGAAAAGCAGAAGGUGGCAGGUCAAAAUCAAAAAGAGGACAGUACGGACGAAAAGGUUGAGGACAAACAGGGCGAAGAGAAGGAUGACGAAGUCAAGAAGAAGAACGAAGCAACGGAGGUAAAGCAGCUGCAGAAGAGAGUGAUGGAGAAAGCCAGCGAUGAGGCCACACGGCAGUUUGAGAGGGAGAGGUACGAGGAAGAAGAGGAGGAUGAAAAUGGGGAGGAUGAGGAUGAUGAGUUUGUUAGAGAGGAUGAGGAUGAAGACAACGAGGAUGAAGGGGAAGCUGAAGAGGAUGAAGGGGAGGAGCUCCUGGAGAUUGAAGCAGAGCUGCGCAAAGUGGCAGCAGAGCUGAGGGAGCUUCGCAGAGGAUGAGAAGCACACCCACGGAGCAGGCUGACGCCCCCCCCCCCCCGUUCCGGUCACACAUUACAAUCACACAUUCCCCGUUUAACAGCCCUCGCAGUCAUCACGGCACUCAGACAAACGUCUUUAAAUGUGAAUCUGUACGUGGAUGUCAGUAGAAAGUGUGCGUUUUGUUUGAUCAUGUCUGCUUCUAGAUUGCCAGGAAGUAUCUGUCUCAGUUUCCUCAGCUGAAUGAGACAGUCUUCUGGAGAUUCUGCAGGUCCACGUCCAUCUCUGGUUUCUCGACCUACGUGCUUAUAGAUGCUAUUUGUAAGACAGACAGGGUCUUUUCACUUUAGUUGCACUUUCACAAGCUCAUGCACUUUCAUUCAAAUGUUAUUUUGAAUGCGUAAUACUAGAAAUCCCUGCUCUUUUAUUCUGACUGUAUUGUUAGAAUUGUGUUUUAUUGGGGAAAAGUCCCGGCUUCCUGCUGGUCAUUUGUAGAUAUUUAGUGCAAUAACUGAUGACUAUGUUAAUGCUGUCUUACUGUUAACAGCAACAUUGCUUGUUUUAGAAAAGGAUCAUUGCUUCCUCUUCAAUUCUUUGAUGAUGAUCCAGUAGAAGCACGGAUUGUGUUUCAUUUGGCUCAUGCACUGUUAAAACCAGACUGUUUGUGACGAACCCAAGUGGCACGAGCCAAAAUUCGGAGUUAACUAUAAUGUUGCACACCCAAAUCAGGUUUGUCUUUUGUGUGGUUGGUGGUGCGGUGACAGAAUGUGAUGCACUCAAAGCUCAAAAGGUCUAAAAGUGUCACUUGGGGUUCUUAUUCAGCUUUGCACUCUCAACAAGCCAAGGAGCAAUCGAAGAAAGGUGGAGGGACACUCUAAAGCCAUGUGUUGUCAGCAACAAUAACACUGAUUCCGUAGCUGUCAUCCCGUUUGUGUAAAUAUUACAUUUGUGCUCCUUCAGCCAAGGUUACAUGAAACAUGGAGCAACAGCGCCCCCUUGAGGACACUGGGUAAACAUUCACAAAGUCCAGGUAUUAACAGGGUUAGCAAUGGAGGCCCACCUGCUGCAACAAUGCAAUACAGAUUAUAGCACAUGUGAACGCAAUAAUUAGCCAGGUGUGUUUUAUUAUGUAAUCGAAAUCUAUUAUUAGGUAUUCCUUUAGCUAAUAUGAUCCCUCUGUCUUUAUAAAGCCAGGAUUACAGUACAUGCAUGUUUAAACGCUGGUAAAAUAGUCGGUCAGGUUGUGUGACCUUUUAAAUAUUCACACACAGAAUGAACGGAUGGUACUAAUAUAGUCUGUUCCAAAGAAAACUGUUUCCAAAUGAGUAAUGAAUGUACUAUUGUCCUUUUUUUUAUAGAAGGGAACAGUUUUUUUUUCCACAAAAUGUAACCCUGAAAGCCAGCAAAAAGCAACAGAAUGUGUUUUUAUGGAAGUUGAGGAAGGAGGGCGAACAUAGAGAACUAUCUGAUUGAAUGAAAGAAACCAGGAACUGAUAUCAUAUAUAUAAUUUGAUAUUCUACUGGCCAAUCACAGUGCUGUUAUUUGUGCCUGCUGUAUCCUUCUCUAUGCUACCUGUCAGUCAAUAAACAGUGUAUCAAACCA